AGAACCUAAAAGAGAAGUUGUCUUCUGCUCCAGUCCUAAGCUUACCAGACCUCAAGAAAGGCUUUGAUCUGUUUGUAAGUGCUGAAAGAGGUAUAGCUUAUGGUGUACUAACCCAAGAGUGGGGAGGCUGCAGAAAACCUGUAGCUUACAUCUCCAAAUUGUUAGACCCAGUAGCUAGAGGUUGGCCAGUUUGUAUACAAGCCAUAGCAGCAACUGCUAUUCUGAUAGAAGAGACCCAAAAAUUAACCUGGCAAGGAAAAAUUAAAGUACAUACCCCUCACGAUCUUAAAACAGUGCUGAGCCAAAGAGCUCAACAGUGGCUAACCAAUGUAAGAAUAUUAAAAUAUGAAAUAAUACUAACUAACACGGAAAAUUUAGAAUUCAUCACAUCAAACGCCCUCAAUCCAGCACAAUUCCUUAUGGGAGAGCCUAUAGAGAAUCUAGAACAUGAUUGCCUUGAAGUGAUAAGUCUCCAAACCAAAGUAAGAGAAGAUUUAGAAGAUCAACCUCUGACAACUGGAAGAAUUUUGUUUAUAGAUGGCUCUUCGAGAGUAGUAGAGGGGAAAAGAGCUUCAGGUUAUGCCAUCAUAGAUGGAAAAACUUUACAAAUCAGUGAAAAAGGAAAACUACCCCAAACCUGGUCAGCCCAAAGUUGUGAAAUAUAUGCCCUGAAAAGAGGAUUAGACUUAUUAGAGGGAGACCGGGGAACCAUUUAUACAGAUUCCCAAUAUGCAUUUGGAAUAGUACACACUUUUGGGAAGAUAUGGGAAGAGCGUGGAUAUCUAAGCUCAAAGGGAAAGAACCUAGCUCAUGAAAAUCUAGUCAAGUCUGUAUUAGAAUCUCUACAAAAACCAACAGAAAUAGCAGUAGUCCAUAUAAAAGGGCAUCAAAAAGGACACAGCUUCGAAGUUAAAAGAAACCAAUUGGCUGAUCAGAUAGCAAAGGAAGCAGCUUUAGAACCAGGAGAUCCAGUAAGAGUUUUUAAAACAGAAACCACACUCAAAGAGAAUGAGAGAGAAACCCCCAUAUUUAGUGAAAAAGAAUUAAAGGCUAUAAAAGAUUUAAAGUUACGCCAAGGGCAACGAGGGGAAUGGUUAACAUCAGACGGACGGGUGUUCUUAAACAAAGCACUUGCACGGAUAGUGCUAACAGAACUACAUAAAUUAACCCACUGGGGAGUCCAAGGACUAUGUGAUCAUUUCCUAAGAAAUAACCUGUGCAUAGGUGCAUAUGACCUAGCAAAAGCAAUCACAAAAGGGUGUUUAAUUUGCCAAAAAGUAAACCAGAAAGUCAUGAGAAAAGUAACACCUGGAGGGAGGGAACUAACUUUAAGACCUUUCCAGAGCAUACAAAUAGAUUUUACUGAAAUGCCCCCAGUACAAGGAUACAAAUAUUUACUAGUUAUAGUAGAUCAUCUCACUCACUGGGUAGAAGCCUUCCCAACCAAAAGGGAAAGAGCCCAAGUAGUAGCAAAAGUAAUCUUAGAAAACAUUAUCCCCAGAUACGGAAUGGUGAAUACCAUAGACUCAGACCGAGGUCCGCAUUUUGUAGCUCAAACAUUGCACAAUAUAAUUGAAGUUUUAGGAAUAAAAUGGAGAUUGCAUACUCCGUGGCACCCCCAGAGCUCUGGGAGGGUGGAACGAAUGAACAAAACUCUAAAAAAUGUAUUAACUAAAUUAAUCGAAGAAACAAAAAUGAAUUGGCUAAAGUGUUUGCCCCUAGCGCUCUUGCGCAUCAGAACAAGACCCCGGUCUGAUAUAGGGAUUUCACCCUAUGAAAUGAUGUUCGGAUUGCCAUUCUUGUUAACACCCUAUAGCACAGGACACUACCUGGAAGGAGAAGAAGCUACAAAGAAAUAUUUAGAAGUAAUUGGAAGAACUCUAGAAGGACUUAGAAAAAAAGGAUACCUCCCCCAAACCUCCCCUCUGGAUACAAAAGCACAUGACAUCAACCCAGGAGAUUGGGUUCUAAUAAAAUCUUGGAAUUAUAGACCAUUAUUACCUAAAUUUGAAGGCCCCUUUCAGGUACUCCUCAUCACUAAUUCGGCUGUGCGAACCAGAGAAAAAGGUUGGACCCACAUCACAAGAAUUAAAGGACCAGUCUCACCCCCGAGUAUUGGACAAGAUUCGUCAGUGUCUCCCUCUGGUAUUGGACCAGAUUCUACACCACCCUCACACUCUAACUCAAAACAGGAUUCAACCGCAUCGGGAAUUAAUUCAGCUGAGUAUACUAUUAUAAAAGGACCAAAUGACUUAAAAUUGACAUUCAAAAAGACUGAUGAACUGCGUAAGAAAAAAGUUUAGAAUCAUAACAUGUCUUGAAGUGUUUUAAGAAAUUUGUAAAAGAUAAAAACUGUUUAAGAAAUACUGGUUAAGUCGUACCCACUUGGUAACAAAGACC